AUGACAUGUGAGGAAAGCAUACAUGACAAUAAAGAUGUAUUUUUCUAUCAGGCUGACGACGAUCACUAUGUUCCUCGUGCCGUUUUGGUUGAUCUGGAGCCGAGAGUGAUCAAUGGGAUCAUGACGAGCGAGAAUUUCAGCAGACUUUUCAAUCCCGAUAACAUCUAUAUGUCGGCGCAUGGAGGCGGUGCUGGCAAUAAUUGGGCUAGUGGUUAUGGGCAAGGCGGAGAAGUGUACGAACAAAUAAUGGAUAUCAUUGAACGUGAAUCAGAAAAUAGUGAUCAGAUGGAUGGGUUUCUGUUCACUCAUUCUGUGUCAGGUGGAACUGGAUCCGGUAUGGGAUCGCUUAUUUUAGAGAAAAUACGGGAUAGGUUCCCAAAAAAGGUCAUCCAGACAUAUUCAGUGUUUGCGAAUCACGAGGACACCAGUGAUGUCAUCGUUCACCCAUACAAUUCUGUAUUGUCAAUGGAAAGGUUAAUCGAUUUCCCAGGUCAGGAGUUUGACUAUGUGAUUAAUCAUGUCGUUGUUAUCGACAAUGCAGCAUUGAACCGACUGGCCGCUGGGAAGUUCGAAACCCAACAGCCGACGUUCGACCAUAUCAACUCACUGGUGACUCGUAUAAUGUCGACAUCAACUGCGAUGUUUCGCUUCGACUCUCACGUUCUGAGAUCGAUAUGUUCUGUGACACUGUCUCCUGUACAACCGCUGCAUUUUAUACAAUCAGGGUUUUCCCCUGUAGUGGAUCCUAAUGAGUCGUUCACAAGGAAAACGUCGGUGGUGGACGUUGUUCGGAAUCUUCUAAAGCCGACCUCUAUGAUGGUUUCCACGGCAAGCAUGACACGACCAAGUCAUUGUAUGCUGUCAGCUUUCUUGUUCCUUCAAGGACAAAUCACCUCUACCGAUGUAAACACUGUCGCCUUAUCGGGCCAUGUAUCGGGCUUGAUGCUGAAUAACAACACGAGCAUAGCGGGCCGUGUAUGCGAAACGAAUUUCUUCAACAAUUUGCUCGCCUUCGCAGCAAAAAUGCGUUUAUCGAUAGGAGGGUUUCUCAGUCGAUAUGAUGGAGCCGCUCCAGGCUGA